AUGAGUCAAGAGGAAGCUCCAAAGAAAAAGCAACAGCCUGGUGGCUACAUUGGGUUUGUUGCUGGUGUUUUUUCAGGUAUAGCGAAAAACACCGUUGGUCACCCAUUUGAUACCAUCAAAGUGAGGUUACAAACAGAUUCCACUAGAUUCAAAGGUCCAUUAGAUUGUUGUUACAAAACAUUGACUACACAGGGUGUUAGGGGUUUUUACUUGGGGUUCACUCCACCAUUAUUUGGUUGGAUCAUGAUGGAUUCUAUCAUGUUGGGAUCUUUACACAAUUAUAGAAGAAUUAUACAGAGAAAUUUCUAUCAAGAGGAAGGAAAAUUAGAUUUGAAAGGUCAUAUAUUUGCGGGUGUUUUGGCAGGCUGGACCGUGUCAUUCAUAGCUGCUCCAGUGGAGUUGGCCAAAGUUAAGCUUCAAGUUCAAUAUGGUGCAAAGAAUAAUAAGUACUCAGGCCCGGUAUCGGUCAUAAAAGAGAUUUAUAAAACUAAUGGGGUAGGUAUCAAUGGGCUCUACAAAGGUUUGAUAUCAACAUUAAUAUUCAGAACAAAUUUCAUAACAUGGUGGGGAAGUUAUGAAUUAUUUACAAGAUGGAUGAAAGAGAAUACAAAAUUAAGUGAUUUUAGUAUAAAUUUUUGGGCUGGUGGUUUUAGUGCUUCAUGUUUUUGGAUCACAGCUUAUCCAUCUGAUGUUAUCAAGUCGUACUUAUUAGCUGACGAUAAAUUCAAUGGUUCUUUCAAAAGUUGGAAGGCUGCUGCAACGGAAAUUUACCAAACCAGAGGACUCAAAGGUUUCACAAAAGGAUUUGUUCCUUCAAUUUUAAGAUCUUUCCCAGCCAAUGCUGCUGCAUUAGCAGCUUUCGAAUCAGUCUUGAGAUUUACAGGAGCUUCAUAA